UUGAAAAUAAAUGUUUAGCAAACUAUUGAAUUCAAAUAUAAAUCGAUUGGAUUCGUAGUUAGAUGUUAACUAAUUAAAAUUUCUGGAACGGAAGAAAUCAUCAAAUUCUGCCAGAAGUAAUAUUUUGAGAAUCGAGGUUUUUUUUUACCGAGCGUUAAUUUCAGCUUGCUUACUAGUGUAACGGUCUGAACGGAGCCCGAAAGUUUAUUUUAGUUUGUUUUGUUAGUGGGAAUUGGCUUUCAACACCACAACAUAAAGUGACUAAAUUUCUGAUGUCUGAUUUUUUUUUUGUAAAGGCUUUUACCGUUCAAGCCUCAGCUCGAAUUCGUUGUUAACUUUUCGUGAAGAUUAAUCAAAACAUAUUUUGCUAUUGUAGUGUAUGGUUUUUAUCUUAAAAGAUGCUUAGUCUAAUAAGUUGAUUUAAAUGAAAGUAAGUUGUGCUAAAAGAUAAAUAAAAGAUUUUCUAAUAGUUUUCCAUGGUCGCUUCCUCGAUGUGAGGCAUAAAACGUGGCUGCAUAUCUAACAAAGAAAAUAUGUGGCUGCUUAUAUCUUGAGACCACGGAUCAAUGAUCAUAUUAAAUGUUUUUUUUUUUUUUUUUUUUUGGUAAACAUGUUAAAUCAUAUUAAAUGUUGUUUAUAUAUUCUGUUUUAGUUAACUUUUAUAACGAUACUUUACGUAAGUACUAAAUCACGUGUAUCAAAGCUUUAUCAGAGAACAUUGCAGAACUGCGUAGUAAUAAAGUAUAACUGGAGUAUAACUUGCAUCGAACUAAAAAGAAAAAAAAAACUUGCAUCGAACUUCCAUAUGUAUAAUAUGCAUACACAUAUGUUGUUAUCUUAAAAUAUUUUCUUAAAAGAUAUGUAUAUGAAUAUACUAGUGUAUAACAGUAAAAAUAUCAAGAUUCUUAUAGAUUUAUUUUUAUUCUUACUGUUCCUUUUUUUUUUCCGAAAAAUCGUUCCUUUACUUCUUACAAUUCUGCAUUUACAAUUCUGCAUUAGUAGUUUAAAACAGUUUCUGAAUUUCAUAUCCGUGGCAGAUGCUUCCUAAAUAAUACUCUUUCCAUUACAUCUUAAUUUUUUUAAAUGUAAAAUUUUUAUUUCAAAAUAAGUAUCGUUUAUAUUCUAUUGAAUUUAUAUUUUAAUUUAUUUUUCUGUUGAUUCAAAUGUGGUUAUAUGUACAUAUAAUAAUUUUUUUAUUUACAAAUUUACAUAAUUUUUUAAUCUGUGUGCACAUAUUUAAAACGACAACUAAAAUAAGACCGAAAGAGUAUUAUAAUUAAUAAUUUCCUAGCGAUUAGUAAAGCCCGAUUUUUUUUUCUUUUUUUUUGUCAACAAGUAAAGCCCGAUUAAUAAUGGCAUUUAAGAGUAUAGAUGUAUCUGUGUGACAGUGCGUGCAUGUUAAUGUAACCACUUGACGUGUCCCACUUUGAUUAAUUUGUAAGUUCGCAGCCUAAAGCCCCUCUGCUUUAAGAAAAGCUAUAUCUAGUAUUAAAAAAACAUUUAAUUUGCUCGAUUAAGUGUCACUUGGAAUGUAUGAUGGGGCUUCGGGAGGAAUCAUCACACCCCACCAUCUUUGGUUGGCUUCAGAAAGAUGCUUAGGAGAUAUCUAUUAAAGGAGAUUGGGAUUUGAAUAAUCAAAUGUCUAAUUUUGGUUUUUGUGGAGUCUUCCUGAUGUGUGGGUCAAGAUUAAACUAAUCGCAUUUAUCAACCAAAAGCUACAUUAUAGUUUUAUUAUUCUCUUUUGUGGGAUCGACUUUAUUUUAAAGUAAUAAUUUAUUAUAAACCCCAUUGGUUGAAUUUCGCUGCUAAUCAAAUUAUGGUGGGUCAUAAUGUUGAUCUUGGAGAUCUUGUAAUGAUAAUAUAAACACCAUUUACGUCAAAAUCGAUUAGACUAAUUGAUAAGAAAACCUAAAUGGUGCUAGAAAAAACCAUCAAGAUAUAUACAGCUGGUACUUCUAUUUGUCAAAUAAUAACACUUUUGCCGGGACUAUAGAUUGAAUGAAGAGAUCAAUUGUAUUAUUCCCAAAUUCGUGAUUUUAUGAAUUUCAAGAGAUUAAACAUCACUAUUAUCAGAUUGUCAACCGUUUGGUUGAUGGUUGCCAUCAGUUUCUUGUCUAUAAACAUCACUUCUUUAUCAUGGAAAAUAUGUUUGACCCGUUAUGCUGUAAGAAAGAACUUCUUCAUACUUAUAUAGGUUUGAUUAUAGUGUCUUAUAGUGUCGGCUCUGUCUUUAAGCAGAAGCUUUAGCAGUUAAAACUGGCCUUUUAGAGGCAGUCAACUUGGGAUUACGAACGCUGACUAUCUGGUCAGAUUCACAGUCUCUCAGCACCACCAUCUCGUCCCGAUCGAAAUCAGUUGAAGCACAAGGAGUGCUAUUUGAUAUUGAGCAUCUUUGUAAUAUUUUUUCUGCUGUUUAUUUUCGUCAUGUUCCCAGGCUUAACAAUGUUGAAGCUGAUGCUUUAGCAAAGUUUGCUCUGUCGAACCCUCAGAACAUUGUUUGAUUGCUUUAUCUAAUGAAGGUUUGUUCAAAAAAAAUAAACGACUAACAGUGAUUUGUGAAAAGUAUAAAAUUGUUGAUAGAAAUUAUAGAAUCAGAGGACAAUUUUAUUUUAACUUAGUUACAUGAUUUAAAUAAUAGGAUUUUAUUUUAUUAUUCGAACAUUAUUUUGUGCAAUAGUGGAACUGUGGAAGUACGUAAUGACAGAACACACAUCAUAAUUUCGAAGUGUAGUUGGUAAAAAAAACCUGUGAAAUUAUUAAAUCAUUUUAACAUUAUGUCAUUUGUCUAUUAAAACCAUAAUGUUUACUAAUUUGAAUAUUGUAGCCACAGAAAUUUAAAUAAUCCACAUGAAUUGCAGCUCCAUUUCAUUGGUAUGUCCAUUUACCACCACCUAACAAGAUAGAAAGAAAGAUCUCAUAUAAAAAUAUCGUUAUAUGUUUUCCAAUGGACCAAAUUUUCAUUCAAUCGAUUUAAAUUUGAGACCUAGAAACAUCGACUUGUUCAAGAAGAAAUUUAAAUCCUAUCAGUUUAUAAACUUUAUACUCAAAGCAAGUUGGCCAAUACUUUCUCCUUAUUUUCCUUUUAAAAACUUUCAUUAAACUGGAGUGUCUUCGCCUAAAGUUGUUUUGUGAAGUAAUUUAAAGAAACUUUUUUUGUGCCAUAAAUCUUUGGUCAAAUUUUAUUUGGACAAUUUCUGGUGAAACCGGUUCUCAACUGUCUUAAGACGCAAGAUUAGUGGUCUUCCAUCUCAAUGAGAUGCAUGUUUAUUUGAAAAUUCUGGAAAUUUUGUAGUAGCUUUGAACAAAGUUGGGCUAACAUGGCUAUGGUUCAUGUAAUCUCUAUAAUAUAUAUAUAAAGACUUUUCUAUUUUUCUAUUUCAAAUCUGUUUAUGGAGAAGGUAGCAAGAGAUAUAGACAUUGUGGAUUCAUAAUCACAUGUAUAAUCCUUAAUUAGUGGAGAUAAUCUAUAAGUGCCUAUAUCCACCCACUUUCUCAUAUUUGGAACUUUUCUCUUAGCCCCUAACUAAAUGACUAUGUCAAGUGGCCACCGAGCAGAUCUGGUCCCCAAGCAAGAAAAAACCUAAACAUUUAAACUCUUAAAUUACAUUUGAAAGUUAAUUCUAGGAUUGGCAAUCUUUGUUUUCUAAAGUAUGCUAAUCUUUGUUUUUCUAGUAAUAGGAUAUAGGCCAAUAUAUAUAUAUGCUUGUAUGUGUUCUCAAACCAUACACACAUUAUAUUAGUCCUUCAGUUGCAUAAAGAAACGAGGAACAUAUUACUCGAUGCACAAAACAUUAUUAAUAAAAAAAAGUCAAAACAAAGUUCCAUUGGAUGCGCUAAAGAAAGAAAAAGAAGGGGAAAGUUAAUUGCAUGUUGGACAUCAUUUUGCUUUUAGUUAUUUCCAAUAAGAAAUAUUUGAUGUAUAACAUGAUUAUCAUGAUAAAAAACAGUGACAAAACAAUCUACCUGCAUAAGUAAAUUGUAGGUCCACAUGACAUGCAUAUUGUAUAUCGAGGAGCGUAGGGUUGAGAUUCUUAGAAGGAUUAGUUAAUCAUCUAUAUUUUCAGUUUUAAAAUUCUAAAAUAAAUUAGGUCUAGUUUAACGAAAUUGGUGUAUGUAAAUAAUAAUCGACCUAGGGGUGAGAUUACGCAUAUUAUGUUCGCUACAAGUUGAACACUUAGUAAUUUUAAAACAAAAUUUCCAAGGUUUUCGAUAAUCAAAGUUAGCUGGAACGAAUUCUCUGAUGAUCGUGUUCUCCAUGAAACAGAGAUCUCCGAUAGAUUUCAAAAGAAAAUUGAAGCAUCUUCAACACAUAUUUGAGUUAGUUUUAUAAUAUUAUGUCACCAUAUGAAUGCCAAAAUCAAUUUGAUUAGGGAUUUGUAAGUGACUUUGGGUGUGAGAAGAGAUUUGAAGAAGAUAGAUACAAGCAACCAGCGAAAACGAGUAAUGCAGAUUCGCCUGGAGAUAUAUAAUUAAAAGGGAGACAAGAUGGGACAUUUCUGCAGCCCCUAACGAAGACUUUAGUUCAUAAGAUUUACACAAUUAUUACUUUUGCACAAAGAAAAGCUUAAUCAAAUUCGAAACCACCCAAUUAGCUUUUGAUUGAGUAAGUAAGAUUCGCAAAUCUGUGAGCCCUCUUUAUAUAUAUAUACUUAAUCUGAUUGAUGUAUACAAGUGUGUGCGUGUGAAUCUUAACGUUAAUCACGCAAACGUACUCGUGGAACAAGGAGUCGUCAUUUGGUACGUAAUUUGUGGGGAACAUGUUAACAUCUGAGACUUUUUUUUUUGCUCAUUCCUCUGUUUUUUUCUGUCCUUAACAGACUCAACUUUUAAUGAACCUAGUAGUGUUCACAUUAGUUACCAUUGUCUUCUGAUGUUUUUUUUCCAAAGCCAGCUUACUUGUUUUAGAUUAAACUGAACAUUAUUCAAAUCUGGAUUUCAAUAUUUUAAUAUAUGGCAAAACAUGUUUUUUUUUCUUAAUAUUAUAUUUAUUUAAAAUACGAAAAAACCCGAAUCGGGGUUCGGGGAUUUCGGAAUCGAUUACAGAUUUGAAUCAGCGAACCCGUUUCUAUGCCAACCUACUAAGUUUCCUUUACACAAACCUGACCUGCACAGUCCACUUAAAAAAGAAAGACAUACGCGGAACCGAUAUCGUUCUCAACCAGUGGAUCUCUCUUGCAUGUGAAGAUGGAAUAAAUGCAGGAGAUCCACAUUGCUAGUACACCCCGAGCCUAAGCGACUGUACUCAUCAUAUGAGCCGACCUUCCAACCGGAGUAGUUGACUACCGGUUACUUCAACAAACCGCAAUCUAUCUGGACAAUGAAGCUCAUAAAAGCCGGGAAAUCAGGGAAGGAUCCGAGACAACCAAAACACUUACAAAGGUAGAAUCUCCACACCUUCAACUUCAAGCAAGAGAACAGGUUGGAUAAGGGUAGCUUAUCGACUCAGCAAUCAGUACCUGCAAAAAGAGAAGGAGCCGUCCUACCUACUUAACCAAGCGGUCAAUCAGGCACUGGGAUGGCCGUACACCACACAAACCUAAAAAUUAUCAUAAAUUCUAUCAACGAAAAUUCAACACAAAAUGGGCAUUUAUCAUUGUACUCGAAUAAAAAAAUUUCCUCAAGCUUGCAAAAAUAUAUUUGCUGUAUUUUCAGAUUAGACAUUAAUAUAAGAAAACUAACAAGAAAUCCUUCAUCAUUUCAAGAAUUUUUUUAUGUAUAUCACUAAAUCAAAUGUCAUGUCGGUUUGUAUAACUUUCAAAUCUUGAAUAUGAAUCCAGUUUUUGUGAGAAAAAUUCAUGUCAAACUACAUACUGAAACCAUGGUUUGUAUAACCACGAUUAUUAUAAUAAUCUUAACAAAAUAUAACUAAAAUACAAUAUUUGGAAUGUUAUACUCAACCAACUUAUAGACUACCUCCGUUCAAGGAAAUUAGAAAUACAAUUCCUAAUUUUAGGUAUGAAAUUAACCAAAUGAUAUCAAUCUUACUAACACAAUCGCCAUAUUCAUUUCAAUCUUUUAAAUGUGAUCUAUUGAAUAACCACAUACGAAUAUUAUUAUUUGAACAACAUCCUAAUUGUUUGAGCUAAUUGUUAGGCUAAGUUUUGAUAAUGUAGCUUAAAUAUUAUUAAUUUAAAUAAAGUAAAUUUUAUAUAGCUUUUUAAUUCGUAUUUUCAAAUUUUAGUUUAAAUUUAAAGACUGAUAACAAAUGUUUAAAUAUAAAACUUCUAUUUUUAGUUAGUUAUUUAUAUAAUUGAUAAAAAUCAAAUUAAACAAAAAUAAUAAAACAACCAACUAAUAUAAUUGAUGGGUUGAUAAAUAAUAAAUAUGUUGCAUUUAAACCAAAGUAUUCUUGUAUUUUAAAUGUCAUAUUAAUCAAAUAUAUAUAUAUAUAUAUAUCUUAUGUUAAUUGGAAAAUUAUGUAUUACCAAACAUAUAAAAAAAUAUUGCUCAAUAUAAAACAAAAAAUGAACAUCAUUGCGGGUGAACGGAUCAAACUCUAGUUUAUUUUAAAUGCAUGUAUAACAUGUUAACUAGUGUAUUUUCGUGGUUUAAUCGCAUUUUAUCUUUUUCAAUUUUACUUAUUAUUAUUUAACUUAAAUCUUAACUUUAAUAUUAAUUAUAUUUUUAAAAAUCAAUGAAAUCAAAACAAAAACUAAAUGAACCAAAAUAAAUUUUAUCUAAAUGGUAUUAAUUCUUAAAAUAUUUUUAUCUAUCUUGUUUAUUGUAAAUUCAUUCAAAAAGAUUUGACCGCUUUUCUAGGUGUGAACUCAUGAGAUUGUUAGCUAUUUAAAAAAUAAAGCAAUCAUUUUCAUUUGACUUAUCAAAUAUUGAUAUUAUUAUUUAAUUAAAAUAUAAUGUUCAUUUUAAUAUCAUAGAUUUAUUUAAAUCUAAAAUAUUAAUUAUAUUUAAGUUAAGCGAUGUUUUUAAAACUGGACCAACCUGGUUGGUCAAACUGUUGCUCUUUCUUUUAUCUGGUUAGAAUUGUGGUUUUAACAUAUUUGAAUUAAACAUAAGAAAUUGAUCAAUAAUCCAGUUAAAUUUGCUGAAGCCGAUGACCCAGUUCAAUAUCGAAACUCGAUUUUUGCAGUUUUGAAUCAAAACUUAAAUUCAUAAUUUAAAAUAUAUGUUAAAAUGUCAUAUUUUAAUUGUUAUUAUUGUUUUCUCAUUAAAAUUUGAUUUCAAAAAUCAUAUAUAUCUAUAUAUAUUAUUAUUUACAAUACUUUUAUAUUUAGUUUUAAACAAUAUUUUAAAAAUUGGACUGGACCGGUCGGACAGCAACUCUUUCCUUUAUCUGAUUAGAAGUUGUAUUAAAAACCUUAUUUAAAUUAACUCGACAAAUGGUUAAAAAAUCAGUCAAACACACCAAAACCGGUGACCUGUCUUAAUACCAACACUCGGGUUUUCAAUUUUGAAUUAAAAAAUAAAAAUUAUAAACUUAUAAAAUAUUUCAAAUAGUAAUAUUAUUUUAAAUGUUAUCUAGCAAACCUGUAAAAUAUAUUUUCAAAUAGCAAACAUAUUUCGUAUUGAUUUUUUUUUUUCAAAACCACGCUUAUUUUACAUGCUGCAUGAACGUUAGUUAUAUUGUGCCGUACCUUAUUUUGCACCGUUUAUAUCAUCAAAAUCCACGAUUAUCAUUUUUUUUUUUGAACAUAAUUAUCACUUUUUAGAAUAUUAACAUUUUUAAGUUUAUAAACACUUAAAAUUCAGCAUUUAAGCUUCUUAUUUAUUGUCAUUAGGUUGGUAGAGUGUCCAUUGAGUUGUACAUUACGAUAUAGAGAAUAUUCGGGUUAAUGAUUUAUCGAAAUGGAUAGAAACUUCAAUAGAGUGUUUUUAUAUUGUUUUUGAGCAGUUCUCACUUCACAAACAGUUUAAGCACAAAGUUCAGAAUACCUGAGGAGUUCCACGAUUAUCAUUAUGACCGUUAGAAUCACAGAAAAUGAAAGAAAACCAAAAAUGUAGAUGGAAAAGAACAAGUAUAACAUUAGUCAAAAAAGGAAAAAAAAAAGAACAAGUAGAAAAAAUUAACACACAUAAAAGAUUAAGGGAAAUUGGGGCCUAUAGACAUGAAAAAAGUAUAAUUUGCACACUAACCAAUUGACCUAUUACACCAAUAUGUCUCGUGUCUUUUAUGUAAUAAUGCCUUUUUACCCUCGUAAGCAACUGGUUCAACCUGUAAAAUAAUAACAAUUUACAUUAUUAAUUAUUUCUUGCAAAAAUAACUCGUGCCUCUUUGAUAUCCAUUCAUCCUCUGCAAGUAAUUUAAUUUUGGGGAAGAUGAAUCUGUCUCUUCUCAAAUUUGUGGGAUUGUUGAUGAAAUUGUCUUUGUUGAUGGUUGUGCUGAAUAAUAGAGCUUCGUAGACUCGUGUGGUGAGCGACAAGACUUGUGCAGUGGCGAUCACCUCCAUCUAUAUAAUCGGCUCCAUCAUCACGAUCAAUAAUCUCACCACCACCACCACCGUAUUCGUUUUUGCCGCAGUUGUUCUUCUUCCCCUAACUUCUACAACCGUGUGUUCUUCCAUUCCAUCUACUGUAUCAAGUAUAAUUUUUUUUCUCUCCAAUACGGUUUAUCCACUGAUUUCGUCAAAUACACUUAUAUUUCGUCAUAUUUGAUCGGAGAAGAUAACAGAUUUUGUUUAUUGUAUUAUCUUUUAUUUUAUGUAUAUAGAAUAGAAAUAUAAAACAAUAUGUAUUAUGUUUGUUUUAUUCAUAUUAUGUAAUGCAUUCUGUUACUAUACUAUUAUAUUAUGUUCCAUUCCAUUUGGUUUAUGGUUUAUAUUUGGGUUUAGGUUUACUGAUUAAAGUUUAUGGCUUAUAUUUGGAUAAGGAUUUACUGAUUAGAGCUUAGGGUUUAGUAUUUAGAAGGUGAGGGAUAUGAUUAGGGUUUAGGGUUUUAAUUUUUCCAUGCAAUCACAUACAAUUCAUAAGCAUACUAUGUUAUUUAUUUUGUUCAUUCUAUUUGGGUUUAGGGUUUACUGAUUAGAGUUUAGGGUUUAUAUUUGGAUAAUGAUUUAGUGAUUAGAUCUUAGGGUUUAGUAUUUAGAAGGUGAGGGCGUAUGGUUGGGGUUUAGUGUUUUAACUUUUUCCAUACAAUCAUAGACAAUUCAUAAUUUUAUCAAUAUGUACCAUGUUAUUUAUUUUGUUCCAUUUUAUUUAGGUUUUAGGUUUAUAUUUGGGUUUAUUGUUUACAUUUGGGUUUAGGGUUUACUGAUUAAAGUUUAGGGUUUAAUAUUUAUGGGUGGGGUGAGACUGAGAUAAGGUUUAGUAUCUAGGAAUUGGAGUAGGGAUAUGUUUAGUAUUUAGGGGUUGUAGCUGGGGUUGUAAUCCUAUACUACUUCGGUGAUAAGGGUUUAAGAUUUAGUAUUUUUGAGUUAGGGGUGAUGUGGAAUUUUGGUUUAUUUCUUAGGGGCUGGGAUGAGGUUGGUAUCCUAAACAACUUUUAUAAUAUGGAAUAGAAUAUGUCGGCUAUUUCGUAUAAAAUGACUUUAUUCAUUUUUAUACUAUACAGAUGGACUGGAAUACUGAUUUUUCAGUUUAGUGUAUGUUGGUUUCAGGUUCAGGCUGGGUAAGCAGUACAUACUUCGAUAUCAGCAUAGAAGUUCAAAUUAUUUACUGUUAAAAAUGUAAACUAUAAAAACAUUUCCCCUUUUUUCUUGUGAAUUUUUUUUUGUGUUUUGAUAUGUGGUUCUCAUCACGACACACAAAACUUACGUAUCAUCACUUUUAACUGGUUACUUGUUAACGUAAGGGGCAAAAUCGGUUAGUUUGUGUAUGAAAUGUCUGACACUAAAUAACGUCAAAAUCAAAGCUACUUGCUUAAUUUAGUCUUCGUUUGCAAAUUAGCCCAGAGAUUAAUAAGCCGAAACUCGAGAAUUCCUAACACUGAAAAAAAAACGAGACAAAUAAAAUACAAGUGGGCCCGGUCCCAUUAUCCAUGUCGUCUCGGUCCGUGUGUUCCUCAAACUCCCACUUUCACUUUUCUCUUAACUUCUAGGGAUGAUCACAAAGUAAAAAAAAAAGAAAUCAUAUAUUUCACACACAUACACACUUGCAGUCUUGCACAGUGUCUCCCAUGUUACUGUACAAAGUCCACAUCUCAGUUACUUCCACGUUUCUUAUAUAUAUGCCUUCGACACAUCCAGCUCCUCUUAUUAAAAACCCAUCUCUCGCUCUCUCUUUCUCUAAAACAUAACAAUUCUACAUAUAUAAUGGAGGAGAUUGAUUUUCGUUCAAAGACAUCAACUUCUCGUCUAAAGCUAUUUGGAUUUAGUGUUGAUGGAGAAGAAGAUUUGUUCGAUCAGUCGGUGAGAACUAACCAAUCAUCCGUAUCGACGGAGCCUAGCGAGUUUCCGGUGGGAUCCUCGGGAGGAAGUGGUAGUGGUGUACGAAGCCGAGGAGGAGGAGGAGGAGAGCGUAAGUAUGAGUGUCAAUACUGUUGUAGGGAGUUUGGUAACUCUCAAGCUUUGGGCGGUCACCAAAACGCUCACAAGAAAGAGCGUCAGCAACUCAAACGCGCUCAGCUUCAAGCUACACGAAACGCUGCCGCUAAUUAUUCGAACGCUGGAUCUGCGUCUCCGUAUUUACGGAAUCCUAUAGUCUCCGCCUUCGCUCCUCAGCCUCAUCACCUAUCUUCCGCCAUGUCUCCGCCGGGGGGAGGAGGUCCUUGGAUGUAUCUUCCACGUGUAUCACCGUCUCACCUUCACGUGCCACAUGGGUGCGUGAUUCAGGAUGGUGCGGGUGGGUUCUCGUAUGAUUCUGGAUUCAGGUUUAAUGGGUCUCAGAUGAGACACGUUCAGACUCAUGGGCCAAGACCAUCGGUGAAAGGAUUUUCAAGAGAAGUGGGGCCAACUUUUGAUGAUGGAUUAGGGUUGGAUUUGCAUCUGAGUCUUGCACCAGCUGGUCAUUAAUGUUUAAUCAUAUGCCUCCUGCAAGUAUAACAGGAGGGUAGCUCGUGUAUAAUUCUCUACAUUUUAAUUGAUUUUAUUUAUUUAUAGUGAUUUUAAAUUCCAGUAUUGUUUGUGUAGCAAAAGUAUUUAGCCUUCAAUCAUGUUUCACUCCCAAAAAAAAGUACUCAGAAUGCUUUAACCAAUUCAUGUACAAAGUCCAAGAAGAUAUAACGUAUUGUUGUGAUU